AGCGGGAGCCCGGCCCCGCAGCCCCCUCAUCUCGCCAUGUCCAGCGAGGAGAGCUACCUGGCCAUCCUCCGCUACCUCACCAACGAGCGGGAGCCCUACGCGCCGGGCACGGAAGGCAACGCCAAGCGGAAGAUCCGUAAAGCGGCCGCCUGCUACGUGGUCCGCGGCGGGACCCUCUACUACCAGCGGCGGCAGCGGGACCAGCAGCGCUUCGCCGAGCUCGAGGUGGUGCUGCAGGCCGAGCGCCGCGCCCGCCUCAUCCGCGCCGCCCACCUGGCGCCCGACGGCGCGCACCGCACCCGCCUGCAGACCUGGCAGGGGCUGUCGCAGAAGUACUGGUGGCGAGGUAUUCUUAAGCAGGUUAAGGAUUACAUUAAAGAAUGCAGCAAGUGCCAAGAAAAGCUAGAUCGUUCUAGAUCUCUGUCAGAUCCUUCAGAAAUGCUGGAAGAGCUCGGACUGGAUGUAAAAUCUCAUGAAGACAGUAAUGAAACAGAUGAUGAAGUGAGUAAUGCGGCAUCAAUCCCAGCUGCGUCCCCAAAGCCUGUGAAGAAGAAGCCAAUAGCAAAACAUGAGCUUGUAUUUGUUGACAGUAAGGGCCUUGUGAAGCAGUCAUCUUCCAAACAUUGUCUGUCAGUCUUAAACCAGCUGAAUCAGCAGAGGCUUUCCAAUCAGUUCUGUGAUGUGACUCUGCUGAUUGAAGGAGAGGAGUACAAAGCUCACAAAUCUGUCUUGGCGGCCAACAGCGAGUACUUCCGAGAGCUCUUCAUUGAGAAGGGAGCUGUCACUAGUCAUGAAGCUGUAGUGGAUCUGUCAGGGUUUUGCAAGUCAAGUUUCCUUCCACUACUGGAAUUUGCUUAUACUUCAGAAUUAACUUUCGACUUCUGUAGUAUGGCAGAACUGGCUAUGCUUGCCCGGCAUCUCCUCAUGUCCGAGGUUCUUGAAAUCUGUGAGAAUGUUCACAAACAGAUGGAAGAGAAACAAAUUACAGUGUACCAAAAGGGAGAUAUUCAAACAGUAGAAUCAACACAGAAUUUAACAGAGCAAACUGCAGUUGAGAUAGCUCCUGUGGACAGUGUUGAGCAGCCACUGCCAGUAGAGCUGGCGGCCAGUGAAGUAACAGCAACUGUGAAUGGAGCUCCUUCUUCUGUUGAGCCAGAGGAAAAAGCAAAAUCCCAGCCUGGCGUCCCACCCCCAGGGCCUGUGGAGGCCUGUCCUGAUGAUCUUUCAAAGCCUGUGGAGCAAUCUGAAGCAAUUGAAAAUGGUGUCAAAAUGCAGAUGGUAGAGAGCGUUUCAAAUAGCCCUAUGUCUGCCAGGCAGCCUGAGCCAUCAGUUCUGGAAGCCAUGGAUACAGAAAGUCCAUUGGAAAAGGAGACAGAUGAGAAUUGUAAAGUAAACGCAGAGACUGUUUCUGAAGACUCCUCAGAAAUGCUCAAGGAAAAGCAUGGCAGGCAAAGUGGAGAACAGAGCCUUUCGGCCUCGCCACCGGAAAGCUUGGCUUCCAGCCAGGAUGACACUUACAAGAGUAAGCUUCGGCAGCGGUCUGUUAGUGAAGGUGGAUACAUCAGGUUGCAUAAAGGAAUCGAGAAGAAACUGCAGAACAGAAAGACAAAUCCUAAAUCUGCAAUACAGCAGGUUGCCAUGAAGCUGGUUCAGAGAGGGAAAAAAAUGAAACAGCCCAAAAGAGAGACCACAGAAAAUAAUGAGGUAGAAGCUCAGCACAAAUGCACUGAGUGUGGAAUGGUGUUCCAGCGACGCUAUGCACUCAUCAUGCACACACUGAAGCAUGAAAGGUCUAAAGACUACAAGUGCCCAUUGUGUAAAAAAGAAUUCCAGUAUGGUGCCUCCCUGCGAGCCCAUCUUGUCCGACACACGCGCAAGACUGAGGUGAAUGCUGCAGCUGAUGGUGUGGAAGAGACAGGAGUGUCCUCAGUGAAAGGGAGAACUAAGCGCGAGUUCAUAUGUGAUAUAUGUGGGAGAACUCUGCCUAAGCUCUAUUCUCUCAGGAUACAUAUGCUCAAACAUACUGGUGUAAAACCACAUGCUUGCAAGGUUUGUGGAAAGACCUUUACAUAUAAGCAUGGAUUAAAAAUGCACUUAGCUCUUCACGAAGUACAGAAACAAUUUAAGUGUGAUUUGUGUGAGAAGUCCUUUGUCACAAAAAGAAGCCUUCAAGAACAUGUGAGCAUUCAUACUGGAGAAUCCAAGUAUCUUUGCACCAUCUGUGGAAAAUCUUUCCAUAGGGCAUCGGGACUCAGUAAACACAUAAAGAAACACCAACCAAAGCCUGAAGUUCGUGGAUACCAGUGUACUCAGUGUGAAAAGAGUUUCUAUGAAGCUAGAGAUCUCCGUCAGCAUAUGAAUAAACAUUUAGAUGUGAAGCCAUUUCAGUGCCAGUUCUGUGGAAAAUGUUACAGUUGGAAGAAAGAUUGGUAUUCUCAUGUAAAGUCUCACUCUGUCACAGACCCUUAUAGGUGUAAUGUGUGUGGUAAAGAAUUUUAUGAGAAGGCUUUGUACAGAAGACAUGUGAAGAAAGCCACGCAUGGGAAAAAAGGAAGAGCAAAACAAAACCUGGAACGAGUUUGUGAGCAUUGUGGAAGAAAAUUCACACAGCUCCGGGAGUAUAGGAGACACAUGAACAAUCAUCAAGGUGUGAAGCCAUUUGAAUGUCUCACUUGCGGAGUCGCCUGGGCUGAUGCACGCUCCCUGAAGCGCCACGUGAGGACGCACACUGGAGAACGACCGUAUGUCUGCCCGGUUUGCAACGAAGCUUACAUCGAUGCCCGGACGCUGAGAAAGCAUAUGACCAAGUUUCACAGGGACUAUGUGCCCUGUAAAAUAAUGCUGGAGAAAGAUACUCUUCAGUUUCAUAACCAGGGAACGCAGGUGGAGCACGCCAUCAGCAUUUUAGCAGCAGACAUGCAGGAACAAGAAACGGAGAUUAGUGUUGGUGGUGAGGAGAUCGAAACUGUGGUGGUGACUGGAGACACGCUUGAAGCAAUCGAAGCAGUUGCAACUACUGAGCAAUGCUCGUCAGUCUCUACUCUUUCUGACCAAAGCAUCAUGCAGGUGGUAAAUUAUGUACUUGCACAGCAGCAAGGACAGAAAAUGGCUGAAGUUACUCAGGCCAUGGAAACUGUAGAAGUAGAAGUAGCCCAUGUUACGGAGACAGAGUGAGUAGAGCCUGUAAGAGAGAGCAAGGGGGCCAAAGUCUUACCAUGUGGGGCAGCCAGGCUUUAGCUGGGUAUCCAAGACUUACGGUGACACCUGUUCUCAAACAGUUAAUCCCCUAUACUGAAUUUCUUGGCUAUGAAAUAUUGCACUGUGUGCUACAGAGAAAAAGUUUAAAUGCUUCAGUUUAGGCCAAUACUUUGAAGGCAGAGAUGUCUGUACUGGUCUUUUUUUUAAAAAAAAAAAAAAGUUGGACUAAUAAUAUUUCCUGGGUAAGUAUCGUGCUGUAAAUUUAAACACAUGUACAAAGAAGCUGCACUAAAACCUAGAAACAUACAGUAAUUGAUAACUUUUGUUUAAUGUGCAUUUCAUCAAGUUUGUCAGCAAAUCGCCAGAGUUGGGUUCCAUCUCUUGCCCAAAACAAGGGAAUGAUGAAAUGCUUCAGCUGUGCUUUGUGUGUGACUUAAAGAAAAUCUGAGGCUUUUGUCUUUUGGCAGUUGUGACCUCUGCAAUCAGUGAAUCCCAGUUUUGCAGAAGUUAUUUAUAUUCCAAGUCAGUGGGCAGCAGGUCCAAGGUUCCAAAAAAACUAAUGGGCACGACUGCUCUGAUGUCUGAGGGUGUGGUACUCUGAGAUGAGGAAAACAAAUUCACUGGAAGACAGCCCAUUUCAGAGAUAUUACUCUACGGUAAACUGCCUUUCAUCUUUUAAGUGAGGAGCUUACACCUCAUCCUCUAUUAUGUUUAGGUGAAUAAUGUUGAGAUGUGUAAAGGAACUGUUAUUCUGUGUAUCCAAAGCGGGUAACUUAGUGACAGAUAUAUUUCUGCAUUAAAUUUGAUACAGAAAGUUGUAAGUGAAAGGGAUGUAAUGGCACAUUUCUUUGAGAAUGGGCAUAUUUUUGUACUGAAGGAGUCCUGCUAGUUAUGAUCUGAUUUGGUAUCUUGCUGAUGGGAGGAGCUCUGACAAUUCCCAAAUGGGGGACACAGCAGUAUCAGGGUAGAGAAUUACGAGUAUCUCAGUAUCAUGUAAUAAAUUGGUCUUAAAUGUCUUCUGGAGACUGGUGAUUUUAUUGCUGCUGCUGUAACAAAUGCUAGGGCAAGCUAAUUACCUCGUGUUAUACUAUGUGGAUUGAAAAAUUCUUACUAGGUUUUCGUACUAGAAAGCUUGAUUCACAGCAACGCUUGGCCCCUAGUUGAAAUGUCUGUGAUUUAGUACUAUGUACUGUAUGCAUCUCAAGGUGUGGGUUCUUUCAUUUUUUAAGUUCUUUUUAAACAACAAAUGUGUCUGAUUGGAGAUGAUGUCAGAUUGAACAGUCAGAACUGUGUUAUUUAAAUUAGUCCCUCUAGCAUUGUCAAAUGCUUUCCAAUUUUGGCAGCAGCAGCAGCAUACCCAUGGAAGCCUGGAACACUGUCGAGUGCAAUUGGUAAAUGAAGUUAGAUGUGUGUAUCUCUGUAUCCAUGAAAAAGAUCCACUGAGGAGCACUGCAGAAUCCAUGAUAAAGUAACCACUUCAUUUGAAUGAGUAUUUUUACCUCAUCACAUUUAACUAUGAGCAUCUGCUUACGAAGCUACAGCACACUGUUCUUUUUCUAUUUUACAAGCAUGCAGAUAAGCAGUGUUGACCUUUUUUUUUCUUAAGUUAAUCUAAGUUCCUGCCUUGGAUUUGUGUUAAUCUGUGGAUGACCAUUUCAGAGGUGAAGGUCAUCCUGCAGAGAAGUAAUGUCAUCAUUUAUAUAUCCUGCAGCCUUUAGAAGUAUGGGGUUUGUUUUUUCUUUUGUUUUUUUCUGGCUGCCCAAUUGAGUAAAACUAAGAGGAAUACUUUGGGGAAAAAGUACUGCUCGCUAUAACGCUUCAAUUUUUGUAUGGUAAAGGAAUCUUGAGAUAGCCAUCCUGCUAUAAAUUAUAAAGACAUAGGUAAAUUAACAGUUCUUACUGCCAUUAUGAUGAGAAAAGAAUAGACUGCUAGGUAAUCUGUAAAACUUACUCCAGUGUUUGUAUCUGACAAAUAAUUAUGUAUUAAGUGAUGAAAUGUCAAGGAAAUACAGCUGUAAAUAACGCUAGAACAUUAUUUGUAUAUUUAGUGUGUUACCUUACAAAGAAUAUUAUUGGCACCUCAGUUUAAUCUUUUAAUCUUUGGUGCAUUAAUUUAUUUGCCCAGCAUAUGGUAAAAACAGAAAUUUCGGAGCCUGCUUUAACUGAUGUGAUGGCCUGCCAUUAAAAAAAAAAACAACAAAAAAACAGAUGAAAAACCACCUGAGAAGUUGUUUCAUAAGGGAAACUCAGCCAGGAAUAUCAAAGCUGAACAUUGGGACAUCCCUUUCCUGACGUACUGUGCCUUGCCUUUUCAGAAUGGCAUGAAGUUAGCAGGGGCUGUCGAUGCCUGUUUUGCUGUUCCUGUGUUUGUACAGUUGCCUUAUGUUUUUCUUUAGAUUUCUUAAGCUCUUAAUUUAAGAUUCUUCCACAGCCUAUUUGAAGACUGCUAAUAAUGCAGUUGAUAUUAUUUAAGUUGAUUUUUUUUUUAAAAAUAAAGCUCCUAAGAUGUAUCCAUUUAUAUUCCUAGUAAUAAAUUCUUGUACAUAAUUUGAUCUGUAAACUAUACUGUUUUUAUUUAGUGUUUGAUGUAUAAAGUUACGGUUUCUGUCA